AUGGUUAUGAACUGUCUGUUUUCUGUCCAGUUACGUCUUCUGGCGGAGAACCUGUCUGACCAGAAACUCCUGUACUUGUCCGGCUGCUACGACCUACGUUUUACUCCGAUUUCAGUGUGGUCUCGUUACUCAGGUUAUGGGCAUUGGGACACAGAGCUAAACAUCAAAGACAACUCUCAUUCAACAGUCAAAUUUGAGGACCCGCAUCACUUCCCGAUGAAUUUCAUGAAACGAUACUCAAAAUGGACUUUGGUCUACUUCAGCAUGUUUUUACUGGCAACCAUUUUCUAUGUUUCAUUGGCUUGGUUUCCUACAGACACACAUGUUUUUAAAAAAAAUGUUGAGAUAAAACCCAGGCCAAAAGUGACAUCAGACUCUGUGACAGAGUUCUCAAUGGUAACAAACCGAUUGAAUGUGACAAAGCCACCAACGCCAACUGAGACAUUGGAGACCUUCAAUAGGUCUCUACUGACCAUCCUACUUUGGACGUGGCCAUUAGGUUAUCAAUUUCCUCUAAAUAGGUGUCCAAGAAAUGAAAACUCUGGUUGUUUCUACACCGUGAACCGAAAUGCGUACUCCAUAGCAGACGCUGUUGUUAUUAGUCAUCGGGAUGUAUAUAAGUCAGAAAACCUUUUACCUCCAGAGCCAAGACCAUCCGACCAAUACUGGAUCUGGUUUAGCAUGGAGUCUCCAACCAACUGCCCAAAUUUAAACCUCAUGGACAACAAAAUAAACCUCACCAUGUCCUACCGACUUGAUUCAGAUAUACAUGUUCCGGGUGGAGGGCUAGAAAAAGUUGAUGGAAAAAUAAAUUUUACAAUCCCCCAAAAGUCAAAGUUGGUGGCCUGGGUGGUGAGCAACUGGAAGACAAAGUACAGGAGAACCCAAUAUUAUGAGGAGUUAAAGAAAUACAUUCCAAUCGACGUCUAUGGGAAAUACAGCUUGCCUCUUCCGCGGAACGAGACUUUGCAAACUCUGGCCACAUAUAAGUUCUACCUCGCUUUUGAGAAUUCCGUACAUGAGGAUUACAUCACGGAAAAGUUCUGGAAAAAUUCACUGAUGGUAGGAACUGUGCCCAUCGUCAUGGGUCCUCCACGUAAAAAUUAUGAGCGUUUUAUUCCACCCGACGCUUUUAUUCAUGUUGACGACUUUUCAUCUCCCCAAGAACUGGCUGAAUAUCUUCUGGGUUUGGAUAAAGAUGAGAAAAGAUACCAAAACUAUUUUAACUGGAGGUUCAGAUAUCGGCCAACACGAUCCAAAACUGGUUUUCUAUUGGCAUACUGCAAAAUAUGUAGAGCAUUGAAAGAGGCUCCUCCUUAUAGGACAAUACCAAGUAUUGCUGAAUGGUUCAAGUGAACUUAUUGCAUCCCUGUCUAUCCAAAAUCAAGUAUUGUAACUAACAAGAUAACCAGA